GCCCUCAUUUCUAUAUAACCAUCACUUCUAGUUUGACCAAACACAAAAAGAUAAAGAGAUCGGUGGUUCCGAUAUGGCGAGGAGUGAAGUGAAAGUUUUGGGUACGUGGGCGAGUCAAUUUGCGAUGAGGCCGAGGAUUGCCCUUAACCUCAAAUCUGUUAACUAUGAAUUCAUAGAAGAGAAGAAGCUGUUGGAAGACAAAAGCCAGCUUCUUCUCCAAUCAAACCCGGUAUACAAGAAAGUCCCGGUCUUCUUUCAUGGCGAUAACAAGCCAAUCUGCGAAUCUCUUAUUAUCGUACAGUACAUCGACGAGACUUGGUCUUCUGGUCCUUCCAUCCUUCCUACCGACCCGUAUGAACGUGCCGUCUCUCGUUUCUGGGCUGCAUACCUUGACAACACGUGGUAUCCGGCGGUGCAAAGCCUUGGGAUUCCACAAGGAGAAGAAGCAAAGAAAGCAGCAAUGGCGCUAGUGGAAGAAGGGGUGGCUCUAAUGGAAGAAGCAUUCGGAAAGUGCAGCAAAGGGAAGGCUUUCUUUGGUGGGGAUGAAAUCGGGUACCUUGAUAUCGCUUUUGGGAGCUACUUGGGAUGGCUUAGAGUGGCCGAGAAGUUCAAUGGCAAGAAGCUGAUGGAUGAAGCCAAGACUCCUACUCUGGUUAAUUGGGCCGAAAGCUUCUGCUCCCAUGCCGCUGUCAAGGAUUUUAUGCCUGAUACAGACAAGCUUGCUGAGUAUGCUAAUAUUGUCAUUGCCAAAAUAAUUGCCCUCGGCGUUGCUCCUGAAACGCUUUGAAAACAACACAAAAGUUGUCGAACUAAAUAAAUAUUAUAUGUGUUUCUUCACUUUUUGUGAUGAUAAAGGAUAUAUCCCAUUUCUCAA